AUGGAUGAGACUAUAGAAAACCCCAGAGAAAUAGAAACUGCAACGAUAUCACUUGCAAUCUACCAUCAUGGCAAAGCUCACACUCUGGCUUUACCUACAGACGCAACGCUUCAAGAUCUCUCCACCUUGAUUUACUCCACGUUUACCAUAUCUGUCGAAAAUCAGAAGCUCUUAAUCUCCCCUAAGCCUGGGCUUCAGAAGCCUCCUUUUUUCCCGAUUCCACUCUCAACACUCCCAAUUACCUCCCCGCGAUUUAAAAUCACCCUUCUUGGGAGUACAAAUUCGGAAAUCGACUCUUUAAACAAAUCUUUAUCUGACAUUCAAGCGGAACAGAAGAAACGUCGCAACCCACCCAUCAAACCUGCAAAGCCCCUAUCCAAUACACGCACCCAAGCUCCCUCCUCACAAUAUACCUUCCACAGACUGCUUCCAUUACCCUAUCUCCCCAACCCAGACCGCAGUCUCACAUAUCUUGCACGUCUCCGUGACGACCCUGGAAUCCGCUCUGCAAUGGCGAAGCACAGGUUUUCUGUUCCCCUUCUCACAGAAAUGAAUCCAGUUGAACAUACCACCCUCUCGUCGCGAACGCUCGGCCUCAACCGCAAUAAGGGUCAAGUUAUUGAACUACGUCUACGUACCGACGCGUACGAUGGAUAUAGGGACUACCGUACUAUUCGAAAGACCCUGUGCCAUGAACUAGCGCACUGCGUGCAUAGUGAGCAUGAUCGUGACUUCUGGAAUUUGACGGCGCAAAUUGAACAGGAGGUUGAAGGUGCAGACUAUUGGGGAAAAGGUGGUAAGAGGUUGACAGAAGAUGAUUUUUAUAAUCCGGCUGAUUGGGAAGAGACGAAAAGUGGCGAGGACGUGAUGGACCAUGGAGGCUGGACGGGUGGGGAGUUUGUGCUGGGAGGGUUAAAUAACGGAGGUGGAGCGGAGUCUGGGUUAAGUCGACGGGAGGUUCUAGCGAAAGCUGCUGAGUUACGGAUGUCCAAAGCUAAGGAGAAACCUAGUGGGAAGGACGAGAGUCCUGAAAGCUGA